UCCCGAGUACAGACGGUGCGUUUCACCCUCUCUCUCUCUCUCUCUCUCUCUCUCCCCUUCCUCUUCUUUCUUCUUUCUCCACCCAUCAUUUUUAUUUCUGAACCAAGAAAAUCUCCAUUUUAUAUUUUCCCGCAUUUUCUCGGCAACCAAACAAAAAAGGAAUUAGACUUGUUUCUAGAUCUGGAUGGACAAGGUGGUGGAGGCUGUAGAAACGGCGAAGAAGGAAUGGGACGAAGCGUAUAGUCGGGCCAAAGAGCAUAUAAAGGCGAUUGAAGGGUACGGUAAACAUAGGGAGGAACAGAAUUCGAAUUCGCUUCCGAGAUUGAACGGGCUUGCACAGGACGCCUUGGCUUUGCUUUCCUCGCUCCAAUUCAGGCUCGAUCUUCUCGCGCCACAGUUGCCUACCGAUGAUCAAGUCCAAUCCGCUACAACUCUGCUCGAUUCCUGGAAAAACGAAUCCCACAAUUUGCGACAGAGUUUGAGAAAUGCCAAUUUACAAGCAAAGGCUAACAUGAGGAAAGCUGCUCAGGAAGAGAGAGAGCUAUUGCUGGGUGGUGGAGGAGAGUCCACAAUUCGCAGACGCAACUUACAGACAAAGGCUGGAAUGACAUCUGCUGCUGAAAGCAUCACUGAUAGCCUUCGGCGUACUCGCCAAUUGAUGGUUCAGGAGGUGGAAAGAAGUGCAAGCACACUCACGACUGUUGAGGAAUCAACCGGAGUAUUAAAGAAGGCUGAAAGUGAAUACAAAGGGCAACGCUCGUUGUUGAUGCGAACCCGGAACCUACUCUCUACAAUGCAACGUCAAGAUGUCCUUGAUAGGGUGAUACUUGCAGUUGGGUUUUUCUUGUUCUCUUGUGCUGUUCUUUAUGUUGUCUCAAAGCGAUUUGGGAUACUAAAGUUGCAGCAAAAGGUUACUGCUGCCAUAAAAGCUGGUAUGGUGGGACAAGCCAAGAUUGGAGGUGGGGCUUUCGCAAAUGGCAUAAAUGACAAUGCAGUUCAUAGGGUGGAUGUUCCUUUAGAUAGACCUAUGCGUGAUGAACUUUAAAGUUCUAUUCUUUUUGUCAUGAUCAAAAGCGUUGUCCUAUAAAAUGGCUCUCAUGCUUUCUUGUGCCCUUAUCU